GUUAGUAACAUUAUGCACUUCGACCGAAGUUCUGACUGUAUUUUAUAUAACAGUUUAAUGAUAAAGCAUUUGUGUGACUCUAUGGUGAAGCAUUGCUAGUGCGAGAUGAAGAAAAGGGUCGUGAAGAAGGAGUCUUCCUCCUCUAGCGGCAGCGACGCUCCGAAGAAAGGCUUCCAAAAGAAGCAGCAGAAACGGUGGUGGCCUGGUCGAAGUGUUUAUUUUCUUAUAGCUGUCCUCCUCCUGGUGCCUCUUGUGGUCAUGAAAGCCCCAGAAUUAAUCCAGCACUUUGCCAAUAAACUCAGAAUCAGGGUGCCGUUCUGCAUCGACCUCAGCCGACCUGCGGAGCUCUCCUUAAAUCACACGGCCAACUUCUACCUGACACCAGAAGAUGGAAUCUCCCUCGGCGUAUGGCAAACUGUCCCUGAAAGUCUGGCGAAGGAGGCUCAAGGGAAAGACCUGACUUGGUACCAGAACUCAUUAAGCAACGGCAAUCCAGUUUUCAUAUAUCUUCAUGGAAACACAGGAUCAAGGGCCGCCGCUCAUCGAGUCGGAGUAGCAAAACUAUUAAGUGAACAUGGCUAUCACGUCCUGGUGCCUGACUACAGAGGAUUUGGGGAUUCCACGGGAGAGCCCACUGAAUCUGGCCUGACCACUGAUGCCCUCUACUUGUACAACUGGGUCAAAGCCCGCUGUGGGAGCAGCCGGGUCUACGUAUGGGGUCACUCACUUGGCACUGGCGUUUCCACAAAUGCUGCUGUCAAACUUCUAGAACAAGGUGUUACUUUUGACGGUUUGAUCCUGGAAUCUGCAUUCUGCACUGUCAGACAGGUGCUGAGGGAACAUGUCUUCUCUUGGUUCUACUGGAAAAUACCAGGCCAUGGGAUCCUCUUUCCAGAACCGUGGGCAAACAACAAGCUGGUCUUUCCAACAGAAGAAAAUCUGAAGAAAAUGAAAAAUCCAAUUCUCUUCCUUCACUCUGAGGACGACAACGUGGUUCCUAUUUGGAUUGUAAAGGAGCUGUAUGAAGUGGCGGUGAGUUCCCAGAAUGCAGAGCGAGUGAAAAUGGUGGCCUUUGAGGGGUCUCUGGGGUACCUGCACAAUGGCAUCUACAGAGAUUCCAGACUGCCUCAAAUCAUAAAGGACUUUGUGUCGUCGUCUUUGUAAAGAAGCGGAAUCAGACCGUAAAUUGCUUUGCUUUAUUUUGCACGCUUAACAGAUCCCUGCCAAUCAAGGUGUAACUGAGGGUGUUGAAUCGAUGCAAUUGCUUUGCUUUGAAACAGAAGUCGAAAGGCACUGAGAUGACACCUGCCUCCGCCACAUCUCACACAGUUGAAUGAAUAAAACAACUGUCAUGACUAAUGAGUUGCAGCGCAUCGGCAUGCAUGCAAUAUAAAUGUUGUCUGCUGGACAUGGGGUCCAAAGCACGGUGCUGUAAUUACUCAGCGACCUCUAGAGAGACCUUCGAGUUUAUUUGUAAUGUAUGUUUUAAUUGAACAUUGAACAUGUUUUAAUUGCUUCUGCUUCACCAGCACCUAAUAUUUAUAUAUGAAUUCUCUGUGGUUGAAGGCAUCAGGUGGAUUUGAUUGUCAACCUCUUAGUUCUAGAAUAUAACAAUUUUAUUACAAAAGUUUCUCAUUGAAAACUUGAAACACUUGACUUGCCUUUGUCAUGCCGAACAGGAUGGUACGUGUGGGUGACAAAAAGUAUGGCAGAAUAUCGCUAACUUGAGUAAGGUACGAUUAUUCAGUGCAGAAAUGGAUGAAUACUAUUUGACUGCAUCACUAAUGUCUUGAACAAAGCACGGAUGGUAGCUGGGUAUAUCACAUCAGUGAGGAAGCCAACCAAGGACCCAGGACAAUCACAAUAAAAUAAAAUGAAACAACUUUCUUUCCAGAUUUCUGGGUGAAAAUUCUGUUCUGAGCCCAAUAUGAGAACAACCUCUUAAAGUAAAAUUAAACUACUUAACUCAAAUGUCUGUUUGUUCUCCAUAACUUUGCCAAGAUUGAGCUUAAGAAAAAGAAAUUCUACAGCUUCUAAAAAUCACUUUAUAAGACACGUUUUUAAAAAUAAAAAGGUAGCUCUAUUUAAGUGUGAUUGAAAGGCCUUGAUUCCAUAAAAUUAUUUAAAGUUUGUAGCCUAGACUGGAUCUGAUUAAAGCAAAGAUGUGAUCUGUAAAAUAUCCAAAACGUUUGAAUAAGGAUGAAGUUGUUUGGAUGUUAAUGCAGAAAAAAUAGUAGACAUAUUAGUUGUUCAAUUAUUAAGAUGACUGAAGAGGGUAGUGAAUGCAUUAAACAUCAUGACCUUUGGUACAAAAUAUUGUGGCACAUACAUGGAGCGAGAAGAAGUGUCUAUAUGUGGACUUUGGUUCAUGUCCGUUUAGUAAAUGACUUUGUUCGGCCUUUGUAUUUCCGGGUAAUAAAGUGAACAACAAGAAAUGGUUGUGCGAGUGUAAAGCUUCCUUUACUGUUGAAAGGAACAAUCACUAAAUAUUUAGUUUGGUGUGACCAUGUCCUGCAGACAGCGCUGUAUCACAUUCUACCUUGACUUUAUGAUGGCCUUCCUCCUGCAGCUGUCUGCUCCAGAAUCUGUCCCAUGACUGUUAAUGAAUUCAGUCAUCCUUCCUGUGAAAUAAAACACAUAAGCAACACUUUUAAGUGGACGUUUUUGUGGUUAAACUUAUCAAGAUGAAUUUUUAUCUGAGAAAUUUCCUGUGUGCUGGAGACAUUUUCUGUUGCUGUGUUUCAUAAAGCCCAGAUGGGUGUGAGCACUGUUGCAGUCAAACAUUUCAUUCACUUGUUUCUUUUGAAAUGAAUGAUCGAAUGUA